UACAUUCUGUCUGAAUUCUGAAUUCUGAUUAGAGAAUAGCGAAUUGAGGUUUUUGAGGUCUAUAUUUGCAGUUGCGAUUAAAUUUGUUUGGUUAAUUUCUAAAUACUUAUUAAUUCAGUCCAGUAAACGAUAAAUUCAUAUUCAAUAUAAAUAUAACGGAUACCUGCUCCUUUUGUGCUAUUUUAUGAUCAUUCAUUAGGCGAUAUAUUCAUAAUUUUAUUUGUUCCUAUUUGAUGACAUUUUGUGGCUGUCUUUAAAACAUUGCUGUGCAAAUGGAUGAUAUAGUGAUUUCACCAGGACACAAAAUGGGCGAUUCCGCCUCAGAGAGUGAUUCGAGUUCUCUAGACGGCGGAGCAAUGUUACCCACCAGCACAGUCUCUAGAGACCAAUUGCAAAAAAGAAUUGAAUCUUUACAGCAGCAAAAUAGAGUUCUUAAGGUUGAACUUGAUACAUACAAACUGAGAGUGAAAGCAUUACAGGAAGAAAAUCGUGCAUUAAGGAAGGCAUCAGUAUCCAUACAAGCAAAAGCAGAACAAGAGAAAGAGUAUAUUUCCAAUACCCUACUAAAAAAAAUUCAAGCAUUGAAGAAGGAAAAGGAGACUCUUGCUCAUCAUUAUGAAAGGGAAGAGGAGUGCUUAACAAAUGACUUGUCUAGGAAGUUGAAUCAGCUGCACCAAGAAAAAUGUCGCUUGGAAGAAACAUUGGAACAAGAGCAGGAAUGCUUAGUUAAUAAAUUAAUGAGAAAAAUCGAAAAACUUGAAGCUGAAACUCUUGCAAAGCAAACAAAUUUAGAAAAACUCAGAAGAGAAAAGGUUGAGUUGGAGAAUACUUUAGAACAAGAACAAGAGGCGUUAGUGAACAGGCUAUGGAAGAGAAUGGAUAAGCUAGAAGCUGAAAAACGUUCCUUACAGAUAAGGCUUGACCAACCUGUGUCAGAUCCCGCUAGUCCAAGGGAAAUCAGCAAUGGUGACACUGCAUCAAAUCUUAGUAAUCACAUUCAAACACUACGCUCAGAGGUUGUAAAAUUAAGAAAUCAAUUGACCGUGUCUCAGAAUGAAAACAAAGAAAAAAUGCAACGUUUUGCAUUAGAAGAGAAACAUAUCCGGGAUGAAAAUGUUCGCUUGCACCGAAAACUGCAACAGGAGGUUGAAAGACGCGAAGCCCUGUGUAGACAUCUCUCUGAAAGUGAAUCAUCUUUAGAAAUGGAAGAGGAAAGGCAAUUCAAUGAAGCCCUAUGUGCGCGGUCGCGUAGCGUGUCGUCGCCGGGCGGGUCGCGGCCCCUGUCGCCGUACGCGUCGCCGCUGUUGCCGGGCUCCGGUAUGCCGCUGUCCAGACCGGCGCUGCAUUUUAACUCGCAGCAGGCGCGACGUGCUAGCGAGCGGUUUGUGAAGCCGGCGGUGCCGGGCGCGGGCGGUGCGGGUGGCGCUUGCGGCGCGGGGGGAGUAUGCGGCGCGCUGCGGCCGCUCGAGCCGCCGCCCUUCAGCCCCGCGUCCCCCGCGCCCACCUCCCCCGCGCCCUCGCCCGCUAUUACCCAGCCCGCCAGCCCCAUGGACACGUCUUCUAAAGAUUAGGCAGCAGCAUUCAGCGCGUUCGAAUUUCAAAAUUUGCUUUUUCGCCAGCCAGGAACGUGGGCACGUCUUCUAAAGACUACAUCGGCAAUGAGCGCGUACCAAAUUCAGAGUUUGCUUUUUUGCCAGCCAGUAUACAAGCCGGUAACUUGUACUCGUCUUCGAAAAAUCAAACAACGUGCGACAUGUGUUCUGAAGAAUAAACAUCAGCACUAAGUGCACACCUAUUUCAAAAUUAUUCCUUUCGCCAGCCAGGAUAGGUCUUCUAAAGACUACUAGCCCGAACUUGAGUUCGUGUUCUUAAUUCAAAAUUAUCUUUUUCGUUAAACAGAAUAUCUAUAUACCCACUUUCUUGACGA